GAAAAGUAAUUCAAGGAAAAACGAAAUAGUCCACUAAACUAAUGUAUGUUAGUUAGUGUAUGAUGUUUGAAAACUGAAAUCAUUAAAAAUGAAAGUUUUUUUAACUUUUCGAAUAUUUCUUUGCAUUUUAAUUUUAAAGGAAACUUGCCCACAACAUUUCAGAGAGAAUGUUACCGUGACAGACUUGUAUUUAAUAAGUGAAAAUAUUGUUCCAAUGAAAAGGGUUCUGGAUAGAGGCCCUUACUUUGAUACUUCAGCUACUAAAAACGUGACAUCCUUAGUUGGCAUAACAGGACACCUAAAUUGUCGCAUUAAAAAUCUUGGAAACAAAACGGUGUCAUGGAUACGGCAUAGGGACUUGCAUCUGCUUACUGUAUCUGAAAGCACUUACACUUCGGAUCAGCGUUUUACUUCCAUUUACAAUAAGCAAACUGGAGAUUGGUCCUUACAGAUAAAGUUUCCUCAACUAAGAGAUUCGGGAAUCUACGAAUGUCAAGUAUCCACAACACCACCAGUGGGAUAUACCAUGGUAUUUUCAGUCGUAGAGCCUAUUACUAGUAUCCUUGGCGGUCCAGAGAUUUACAUUGAUUUGGGAUCAACGGUUAAUUUAACAUGCGUGAUAAAACAUUUGCCGGACCCGCCAAUUUCAGUGCAGUGGAAUCAUAACAAUCAGGAAAUUAACUAUGAUUCACCAAGAGGGGGAGUUUCAGUAAUAACUGAAAAAGGAGACAUAACAACGUCGUAUCUGUUGAUUCAACGAGCAAGCAUUGCUGACUCAGGGCAAUAUACUUGCUUACCGUCUAAUGCAAACUCCAAGUCCGUAAAUGUUCAUAUUUUAAAGGGUGAUCACCCAGCAGCAGUUCAAAAAUCCCACUUACUGGUAUCGGAACUUUUAAGUCUGUGUUUUCUUCAGAUUUGUUUAAAUUUAUCAACUUAAUAAUUACUUCUUAAUUGCAAAUAAAACUAUAUUUCCAAAUAAAAAUUUUAAAUUCU